CUCUCAUCACCUAAAAGCGAUACUUACUUUGCCUUUGCCACCAACUCAGAUUGAUAAGCGACGUCUAAUAAUUGGAAGCUCGCUUGUGAGUUGUUACCCAUCAUGACAACGAAACCACCCAUCCGUUAAGUUUCGCCUUUAGCAUUAGCUGAGCUUGUAUACUCGGGCCAACACAUCUGAGACAGGUUUAUCCGGCCCCCGCUUCGUCCGUCUCACCUAACGGGGAAAUGUGGUCCUUUUUCAUUUUCUCUGGCGCCUCUGAAACGUCGGAGUGGUAAAUGCCUCGUUGUUUAGCAGUAAAAGCACCUACUGGAUUGGCAUGUUAUGUCAGGCAGCAUCCUUGGACUUGCGCUUGAGUAUUGUCGUUAAUGGUGGUGGAUUGAGAUAAGGUUGGGUUUGGAUUUGCCUUCCUGGGUAGAUAAGUAGACUUGGAUGCUCUUGUAAACUGUAACCGAUCCAACAAUGGGAUUCCACAUCGCCUUAUUUCUCUUCUUGGCUUUCUUUCGAACGACUUUAAGUCAAGAAGUUAUGCAUGCUUCAAUUCUAGUUAAUGGAAAUCAAGCUAAAGCUGAAACUGAUGAGAACUUCAUUUGUGCUACUAUUGACUGGUGGCCUCAUGACAAAUGCAACUAUGACCACUGCCCUUGGGGAUAUUCAUCUGUCACUAAUUUGGACUUGUCUCACCCUUUCUUCGCCAAGGCAGUACAAGCUCUCAAGCCUUUGAGAAUAAGAUUGGGAGGUUCUUUGCAAGACCAAGUGCUGUAUGAUGUAGAAACUUUGAAGGCGCCUUGCCAUCCCUUUCAAAAGAUGAAAGGUGGAUUAUUUGGAUUUUCAAAGGGAUGUUUACACAUGAAAAGGUGGGAUGAGCUGAAUCAUUUUUUCAAUGAAACAGGAGCCAUUGUGACAUUUGGCUUGAAUGCACUUUAUGGGAGGCACCAAAUCAGUCACAAUGUUUGGGGAGGAGAUUGGGACUCUAGUAAUGCUUAUGCUUUCAUUAGUUACACAGUCUCAAAGGGAUAUAAAAUCGAUUCAUGGGAAUUUGGUAAUGAGUUAAGUGGUAAGGGCGUUGGUGCAAGUGUUGGUUCUGCACAGUAUGGAAAAGACUUGAUACGCCUUAAACAAAUUUUAGAUAUAUUAUAUGAGCGAUCUCGGUUCAAACCUGCACUGGUAGCACCUGGAGGUUUCUAUCAAAAGGAUUGGUAUAAUAAUCUACUACAGGUUUCAGGUGCAGGAAUAGUCAAUGUUCUGACUCAUCACAUUUACAAUUUGGGCCCAGGCAGUGAUCCAAAUCUAGAAAAGAAGAUUCUAGAUCCAGGGCAUUUGAGCAGCGUAGCAUCAACAUUCGGCAACCUUUCCGAAAGCAUUGAAAAAGAGGGCCCUUGGUCUUCUGCAUGGGUUGGAGAAGCUGGUGGGGCGUACAAUAGUGGUAGUCGUUAUGUUUCUAGCACAUUUUUAAACAGCUUUUGGUACUUGGAUCAACUUGGAAUGGCAUCUACCUACAACACCAAAGUCUAUUGUAGGCAGACCUUGAUUGGAGGCUACUAUGGCCUUCUCAAUACAACCACUUUCACUCCCAAUCCUGACUAUUAUAGUGCACUUUUAUGGCAAAGGCUUAUGGGAAAGAAGGUUCUUCAGGCUUCUAGUGAUUCUUCUUCGCCUUAUUUGCGCACUUAUGCCCAUUGUUCAAAGGGAAGAGAUGGGGUGACAGUACUGUUGAUCAAUUUAAGCAAUCAGACUAAUUUCAUUCUCACUGUUCAAAACCCUGUGGCUGCAAACACUGGAGGAACCAGAGAGAUGAAAAGCAUCCACAGAGAGAACUCUUUCACUUAUCAUCUCAAGAAGACAUUUUCCUGGGUUGGAACCAAAGGAUCUCAUGUCACUUUCAGAGAAGAGUACCAUUUGACUCCAAAAGAUCGAGAUUCCCGAAGCCGUACCAUGUUGCUGAAUGGCAUUCCAAUACAGCUGACAAGCCAAGGAGACAUUCCAAAUUUGGAUCCAGUGCGCAAAAAUGUACAGUCUCCCAUUUAUGUGGCUCCUCUGUCCAUUGUAUUUGUUGUGUAUCCAAACUUUGAUGCUCCAGCUUGUGUUGGGAACCAAAAGCAUUAGUUGGAGGUUUCUUGAAUCUUGUACACUAGGACCUCUAAUUGUAAGCUCUUUGUAAUUGUAAGUAGUGAGCUUUUGUCGUCUUCAUUGGGAAGUUAGAAACUUUUCAAUAAAUUACUAUGGGAGAAACUGAAGUUGUAUCAUCAGGUUUUAUAUAUUGAUGCAAAUAAUCAAGUUUCAAUUGAA